UUGUUUUUAUGAUCUCGCAAACUGUGGAAUGUAUAUAUCUGAAAAUAUCGAAUAACUGACGAGUAUUACUCUCGACUCCUACACGCGAAUUGAACUAACAAACGUGCAGCUCCAUAGAUACGUGGUGCACGGAGACGUAUGCAAGCGUCUCAUCGAUCCUCAGCUUCCAGGAUCCAGUAGGUACAGUUCGGAAUCCAGUCUGAAGGCUAAAGAUAAACUUUUCGCAGUAUUUUAUUGGCCAGUUGACUAACCCCGUGGCUGAAAGUCGCAGACAAUGCUUGGAGGUCGCAUUACGAAAGUAGGUGUACAAUUUCACGAUUGCAACUGCAAGAUCGCUCGCCAAAAAGUAAAUCUAUGCCAAUGAUCACAUUGCGAGAAUGAUAAUUAGGAACAAAGAAGGCUGGACGGUGCAGUAGACGGUUCUAAAUCACAUCGAUAAAAUAAAAAUUGAUGACACUGUAAUCUUCGAUAGUAACAGACAAGACAUUCACCAGAGCUGCAAGGUAAAUUUUCAAGCUCUUAUUCCGACCAGUUUGUGACGCGUUAGUCUUGAAUACUCGUUAGCAAUGCGGGCUAUCAGAAAAUUCGCGCUCUUAUUCGUUCUCAUGGCGCAAACUGUUCACGGACAGUUCACGCCAAUUCUAACCGAUCCAACCGCCUACACCACGGCAGUGAUCGACGCGCUUUGGGUGAAGAUUAGGAAUCAUGGAUUAUCGAAUCUCCCCGUCCUCGACUCUACGGUGAAUUACAAUGUGACAGACCUUGGUGUCGAACUGAUUGGCCCGGUAUCAUUCGAGGAUGGGUUCGUACAAGAUGUCGACUUGGUUUACGGCAGCCCUCAACACUUUACCUCCACAACGGGGACAACUUCAGGCACAGUGAACGGACGCAUAUUAUUCGAAAACAUUACGAUCUCAAAACCACACAAUGAGAAUAAUAUUACUUCAACCGUGUCAUUUUUGUUGUUAAGUAAUAUCGAAUGGGAUAUAGUUCCGGAUGACCUGAUAAUGAGGUUAAUACGAAGAAGGUUUGCCAUGCAAAGCGCGAUGCAGCCACAAGUGGUGAAUUUACUUCUUCCAACGGCUUACCAAUGGGAGCCAAUACUUUUAAAAUUUGUCGAAGAAAUUGUUCAGACGAUGGAGUUUCCACAGUUAGAUUUUUAGCCUUUCAUCAAGCUCUGUGUCAUAAGUAAGAAAGGAAAAAUCAUUCCUAACCGAUACUGGAUAUCACGGCUGAGCUUUUCUGUAUAAAAUGUAUACCAUAAUAAGACUCCACUUCA